UCUUCGUUAGUGUAUGUAUAUGAUCGAAUGUGCGAUUUUAAUUUUUAAUUUUUUGUCGCAGUGAGGUUUUGGUAGGAUUUCGUUUAGAUUUCGGCACCCGAUGGGGGUCUCUGCUGUGGUGAGAUUGGGGGUGAGAUCGGCCACCAGCGAAGCUUCCGUAAAUUCGAUCACUUUGUUCGUGGUGCUCCUAUGUUUAUGCAUUUUGAUUGGUCAUCUUCUGGAGAAGAAUCGAUGGAUGACCGAAUCAGUAACUGCGCUUCUCAUCGGUCUUUGUACUGGAAUUGUUAUUCUACUAAAUACCGAAGGCAAAAGCUCACACAUCUUAGUGUUUAAUGAAGAUCUCUUCUUUAUAUAUCUUCUGCCGCCCAUUAUAUUUAACGCCGGAUUUCAGGUGAAAAAGAAGCGGUUUUUUCAGAACUUCAUGACAAUCACGUUGUUGGGUGCUGUCGGAAGUUUGGUAUCAUUCGUCAUUAUAUCGCUAGGUUCAAUGCAGUUGUUCAAAAAAUUGGACAUUGGUUUCCUCGAGAUGGGGGAUUAUCUUGCACUUGGAGCGAUCUUCUCGGCCACUGAUUCAGUUUGCACCCUGCAAGUGCUUGAUCAAGACGAGACACCUUUGCUCUACAGUCUAGUUUUUGGAGAAGGUGUUGUAAAUGAUGCCACGUCUGUGGCACUUUUCAACGCAAUCCAGAAAUUUGAUCUCUCUCACAUCAACUCAACAAUUGCCAUGGAGUUUAGCGGCAGUUUCUUAGUUCUCUUGUUCGCAAGCAUGGUGCUUGGUGUAGCGGUUGGAUUGCUUAGUGCAUACAUCAUAAAGAAGUUGUACCUUGGCAGGCACUCAACUGAUCGGGAAGUUGCUCUUAUGAUUCUAAUGGCUUAUUUGUCAUACAUGGUGGCAGAACUAUUCGACCUAAGUGGCAUUCUUACCGUUUUCUUUUGCGGGCUUGUUAUGUCACACUAUACCUGGCAUAAUGUUACAGAAAGUUCAAGAGUUACAACCAAGCAUGCUUUUGCAACGUUCUCGUUUGUUUCUGAGAUCUUCAUCUUUCUAUAUGUUGGUAUGGAUGCCUUGGACAUUGAGAAGUGGAAAUUCGUAAAGGAGAGCCCCGGGACAUCAGUUGGAGUCAGUUCGAUAUUACUUGGCCUGGUUCUGGUGGGAAGAGCGGCUUUUGUAUUUCCUCUAUGUUUCUUAUCAAACUUAACCAGGAGAUCACAGACUGACAAAAUCGGGUUUAAGCAACAGGUGACGGUAUGGUGGGCAGGACUCAUGCGUGGUGCUGUAUCUGUGGCUCUUGCCUAUAACUGGUUUACAAUGUCAGGGCAUACUCAACAGCGUGGAAACGCAGUCAUGAUCACUAGUACGAUCACAGUAGUUCUCUUCACUAAUGUGGUGUGCGGAUUAUUGACUAAGCCUCUCGUAAGGUUCUUGUUGCCGCAACAGAAACAGUUUGAUAGCAUUAUGAUGUCCGCCGAGUCAGAGAUGUCUCUGGCUAUGCCGCUCCUCCUCGCUAAUGGGGAAGAUUCAAAGUCAAGUAUGUCUAGUGAUAACAUGCCCCGUCCAUCCAGCCUGCGCAUGUUCUUGACGACACCAACUCGUUCUGUCCAUUACUAUUGGAGAAAGUUUGAUGAUAGUUACAUGCGUCCUGUCUUUGGCGGUAGAGGGUUUGUUCCUUAUGCUCCUGGUUCACCCAAUGAAAACAUGCAUCAAUCACUCCUCGGCGAGCAGAUAAUCGUGGAGUAAUAUUUGUAACUUGGGGAUUGAUUGUUCGUUGGGUCACUUCGGUGAAAAUAGUCAAAAUUAUAAUUUAUAGGCAGUUCUUCCCGAGCCUCAUUGGUCUUACAAACUCGAUAACGUGCCCCGAAACGUCAAUGUUUUUGGUGUAUAGAGCCUUCCUCGAAUUUAUUAUUGGCCUUGUAGCAGUAGAAUUGUAUAUUUGGAACUUCAUGAAAGAAAUAGGAUCAACAGAACUGUGCCUUGGCGUA